AUGCAAUACCUACAAGCACCUUAUACGGAAUGGGUUAAACCAAAUAGCUAUGAUCCGUUCAAUUGGAAUGGUAUUUAUCAUAAUUAUCCUCCACUUUCGUCCAAUACUAGUAGUCUUACUGAUGGUAGUUCAGCGUACAGUAGUUCGACUAAUUAUCAAUAUGAUGUAUUACCAUCAUCUAUAGGUCGAUUUUCACCUGAUAAAUAUCAUUCCACUUAUCAAGUAUACUAUGCCAAAAAGAAAAAACGUAGUAACAAUCAAGUGAUUGAAGAAAAUGGUUUACAUAAGAAGGAGAAAAGAAAUUUAAAUGAUGGAUAUGAUGAUGAAAAUCAUGAUUAUAUUGUACGACCUGGAGAAGUAUGGCUCGAACGAUAUACCAUUGAUUGUUUAAUUGGUAAAGGUAGUUUUGGACAGGUUGUCAAAGCAUUUGAUCAUACUGAUGGUGAAUAUGUAGCUAUAAAGAUAAUAAAAAACAAGCGUCCAUUUCUAUCACAAGCUCAAAUUGAAGUACGUCUUCUUGAAUUAAUGAAUCAACAGGAUUCAGAUAAUAAUGGUUAUGUGGUUAAACUAAAACGACAUUUUACAUUUCGAAAUCAUCUAUGUCUUGUAUUCGAAUUAUUAUCCUAUAAUUUAUAUGAUCUAUUACGAAAUACAAAUUUUCGUGGUGUAUCGCUUAAUUUAACACGAAAAUUUGCUUUACAACUUCUAUCUGCAUUGCUAUUUCUUUCUCAACCUGAACUUAGUAUACUUCAUUGCGAUCUGAAACCUGAAAAUAUUCUAUUGGUUAAUCCAAAACGAUCUGCUAUUAAAAUUGUUGAUUUUGGUAGCUCUUGUCAAAUUGGUCAACGUCUUUACCAAUAUAUUCAAAGUCGAUUUUAUCGUUCACCAGAAGUUUUACUUGGUAUUCCAUAUGAUAUGGCGAUUGACAUGUGGAGUCUUGGCUGUAUUCUUGUUGAAAUGCAUACAGGCGAACCAUUAUUUAGUGGCACAAAUGAAUUUGAUCAAAUGAUGAAAAUUGUUGAAGUACUUGGUAUACCACCAACUCAUAUACUUGAACAAGGAACUAAAACUAAACGUUUCUUUGAUCGUCUACCUGAUAAUACAUGGAUACCACGGAAGAAUAAAGAUAAACGGUAUCGAUCACCUGGUACACGUAAACUACAUGAUAUUAUUGGUGUUGAGAUCGGUGGUCCUGGUGGUCGUCGGGCUGGUGAACCCAACCAUUCCGCAUCAGAUUAUAUCAAAUUUAAAGAACUUGUUCAACAAAUGCUUGAAUAUGAUCCGAAACGGCGUUUAUUACCAUUUAAUGCAUUACAAUCGAGUUUUUUUAAACGAACUUAUGAUGAUACAUCAAAUGUUAAUCAUACAACAGCAGCCACCACAACAGCUCCAGCAACAACAAUAAUGAAUACUAACCCAUUGUCAAAUCUUAAUUCGAAUAGUUCACCUAAUCUUGAUCCAAUUGAUAACGAGUUGAUCUUUGUUUGUAGACCAUCAGCAAGCCUUCGUUAUCGUCAUUUAAUUGAAACAGUACAACCGCCGAAUCUUUGGCAACCAACAGAUUCAUUUAUGCCUGGAAUUCCAAGACCAUAUCCUGCUCAACAAACGACAAAUACUAAUAGUUCAAUUUAUUUAACUAAUACUUACCCAACUGAUUCAAUUGAUCUUGUUGCACCAAUAGAAUUUCAAUCAACGAACAGCUUUUAUUCAUCUCAGAGACCUCAUGUAUCACCGUCCGGAACAACAUUUCCACCAUUAUUUACAUAUGUUCCACAAAGUUUUAAUCAUCAUUUAUCAUCAACUAUAGACGAUAAUUCUUUGCUUAUACAAAAUCCUAGUUUGACUUGA